CGUGCUCACAUCCUUGUGCACUGUGGCGAGCUGUCCAUGGACCCACCAAACACACUUUUUAACCGUGUUACAGAGUGGCUUCACGAACAUUCUGACGACCUAGGAAUGACACCAGCGGAUGAAACGGCAUUUCCCCACAGGUCCUGCGUACGAGGAGGAGAGGAAGGUCGAUAUAAUCGUCGUGACCAAUUCCAGAAUGUGCUACGUUAAUCAGCCGUUUCGCUCGACUUACUCAAAGUAUCUUGAGUUUGGGAAGGUGGUGCCAAGUUGCAGGCCCUUGACAUCACCCGUUCUGAUUCAAUUCAAAGUGUCUGUCCGGAAGGCAGCCAAUGUUAGAGACAUUAGAUCGCCAUUGGGCAAAGAAAUCAAGCUACUCAAGGACAGCUCUGGGUCUGUGUAUGGUGAUCUAUACAUUCACAGGCCAGCUUGUAACUAUGGUCCACAUUCUUCGCUGUUCCACCACGCCUUUGCCAGGCUCAAACAUCGUCUAGACCGUCUCGACGAUCCCACGAUUUGGCAGCCUGAUUCGGAGCCAAGUUCUGAGCUGCUAGGGCUUUGCCAUAGCUUCAUUUCGGGCUCCGCUGAAUUAUACGAGAAUGAACCGCACAGAAGGGUCCUUUUAAAGCCUUUCUUCGAGAGCGUUUUACUAGAUCAUGGCAGUUACGAAACCAAAUUGGAUGAUCGUGGGGGCAUAGUAGAUGCAACUUGGGGUGAUCCGCUUAUAGUCAUCCGCGAAGACAAGAACGAGCCGGGCGUGGGAGGGGACAGUUCUUUACAAGGCUGGGUAUGUUUUAGGAAAGCUGUCGCUCAGGAAUCGUACAAGCCAUACGUUCAGAGGUCUAAUUGCCCCGUUGUCAUUAUCGGCGUCACGGGCUCCCGUAUUGAAAUAUUGAUUGCUGUGUUUAUCGGCGGAGUCUACAUGGAUAAGCUAAUUUCUCAAGAACUGUACAUCGACGCAUUCCAAGCAAAGUUGGUCCUACAUGUAGGCCGCAUGUGUCAGGCCCUACGCCUCUGCUACAAUGACUGGAAGGAAUAUUAUAGAGCGCUUGACCUAAAAGCGGCACGAACUACUAGACACCUGUAUCCCAGCCCGCUUCCCGCCAGAGAUUAUGAUACUGUUCCAGCCCUUAAGUACAUGUGCAAACUAUCACAUGGCGGACGAUGCAUCCAAGUCAUGCAGGAGGAGCGCAGAGAGGAAGCAGACGCCGAAAGACCCUACGCUAUAUACCGAGCAAAGAUGAUUGAUUCGGAUGGCGAGGCGGAUGUCGUAGUUAAGUUUACCGCGAGGUACAACAAAGCGGCGCAUAAACUUCUGGAAACAGAACAACUAGCUCCCAGGUUGCAAUACUUUGCUCGCCUUAUCAGCGACCAUUGUAUGGUCAUGACGGACUACAUUGAGAGUCUUCCAAUAUCUGAUUGUCUGAAACAGAAGAACUACCUCGAUAUCCUUGACCGCGUUGAGAGGGCGGUGCAGUUGCUCCACAGGGGAGAUUUGGUGUUUGGAGACCUCCGUCCUCAGAAUAUUGUACUCCAUCCAAAAGAAGGAGCCAUGCUGAUGGAUUUCGACUUUGCUGGAACGCAUGGUGUUGAUAGGUAUCCCGCAUCUUUCGAUACUAACAGACAUCACAGGGACGUACGCCGUUACGGCAUUAUGGAUAAGGAGCAUGAUAUCUUCAUGAUCGGCGAGCUGAGGAAGAUCCUGGAAAGGGCAAAUAAAUCAGUAUAUUUCUAUCCUUGUCAUUCCCUGUAUAUGAAUGGUGCAAUAUUCCCGGAGUUAUCUACCGAUCUUGUACACCCAAAUGUUAAACUACCUACUGUAAAUGUAGUUGGAUUGUAG